AUGCUGUUCACUAAGAUGUCUACCGCCUUGGCCCUCGCAGCUGGCGCCACUGGUAGUCCACUCAAUCGCCGUGCCGAUAGUGAGACCGAUUUCACGAUCUAUGCUUACGGCUCUGGUUCUGAAGAGAUCGGAGGCCUUCCUAUCAUAUCCAUUGAUAUUACCGCCACAGAAACCGGAGACAGCUUGGUAGCCACUCGACCGAAUCUUGGUACCAGUCUCUUCUUUGUCCCAUCAGAGCCUGGAGCCGUCGGCUUUACUAAUGCCACAAGCGACCCCCUUCACGUUACAACCGGGUUCGGGUUUUACGGGCAUGUACUUUUUAUGUCAGUGGACAGCACGAUGAAUACCCAGUGGUAUGCCGUCCCAACCAACACGAGCACUCUUUGGCAGGUCAUCUGGAAAGCGGAAUCAGAUGCAGCUAUUCCUAUUGCCUUGCGUAACAUCGCUCCAUCUUAA